AUGUAUGUGAAAUGGUUUGGUACAGUAAUGUUUUACUAUGUGAUUUUAGCGUAUUUAGUGAAUGUCAUUUUUUGACAUUUUAAAAUUUCCCACCAGUUCCAUCCCCCGUACGUCCCGACGCUCGCAGGGAACGGAACCCAGAAGACAGAUGCUGGCAUCGGCCGGAGGACUUUGCCGGGGAUGCUGCAGGAGGGACAUCGCGGGGGAGCGCAGGACAAGGUAAGUGCAGAAGGGAUGCCCGAGCAAUGCUGCAAGGUAUUCCCAAGUGUAGCCCGGGGUUACCGCUUUUGCUACACUCGGGAAUACUGCCAGGGGGGUUAAG